AUGUUUCUCUCUUAUGUUUCUUCCGUAGACAUAGGCAAGCUGUUACAAGUACAGAAUGGGACUCCUGCAAACACAACCUACAGUGGGGUAGAUGCUGUUCAUGCCUGUAACAUCCUCCAGCAGCUCAAAGUCUUGUAUGAUGAAGCACAGCUCACAGACAUUGUCGUUGAAGUGGACCAUGGCAAGACAUUUUCGUGUCACCGAAAUGUCCUUGCAGCAAUUAGCCCUUACUUUAGGUAGGUCUGAUGUGAGUCGCUUGCUUGUUUCUAGUCUAUCACUUUCUAGAUAUCACUUUCAGUUGAGGUAUGCUCCAGUUGAGGUAUAUUCCAGUUGAGGUAUGCUCCGUUUUUUGAAGCAUCAACAUUUUUAGAUGACAAACAAUGCUGCAACUAGUCUGAGUGCCAGUCUGUUUGUGCCAUCAUGGCAACUUCUUGUCACUCAUUGUCAUGUCAAUGACAGCAAUGGAGUAGGCAAGACCACAAACAGAUCUGGGACCAGGCUAUGCUGCAACACCAUUCAAGCUUUCUUCACUUUUUGUUGUAUUUCCUUUUCCUACCAGGUCCAUGUUCACCAGUGGCCUUACAGAGAGCAGCCAGAGGGAGGUGCGGAUCGUCGGAGUGGAGUCUGAGUCCAUGCACCUGGUCCUUGACUAUGCCUACACGUCCAGAGUCACGCUGUCGGAGUCUAACGUCCAGGCCCUGUUCACGGCAGCCAGCAUCUUCCAGAUCCCAGCCCUGCAGGAUCAGUGUGCCCAGUUCAUGAUCAGCCGCUUGGACCCCCAGAACUGCACCGGGGUCUACAUGUUCGCAGACGCCUACGGCCAUCAGGAGCUGAGGGAGCGCUCCCAGGACUACAUACGCAAGAAGGUGGGUUUUAUUCUAAGAACAAGCUGUUCUAUUCCACUGUUGUGCUUCACUUGGCUCGCCUUUUGGGAAGGAUUAAUGUAUCAAUAUGUUGUUAAAAUGACCUUAUAAUUACAGUAAUGUGAGAACACAUAAGUACUGUACAUAAAGUAGUUGACACACUAAGAUUUUAAGAUGGCAUUCCAGGUCUGCGUCUGUUAGUUGAAUAUUCUGUGACAAAUGACAGUGAGGUCCAGUUUAGAUGAAAUGUGACAUGUGGUGUUGUGCUGUUGUAGUUCCUGUGUGUGGCGAGGGAGCAGGAGUUCCUCCAGCUUACCAAGGAGCAGCUGGUGAGCAUCCUGAACAACGAUGACCUGAAUGUGGAGAAGGAGGAGCAUGUGUAUGAGAGCAUCGUGCGCUGGCUGGAGCACGACCGCUCCCACAGGGAGGCCCACCUGGCUGAGGUGUUCUCUCAAUGCAUCCGCCUGCCCCUCCUGGACGACUCCUUCCUCAGCCGCAUCCCACCCCCCUUCGCCUGCGCCCUCUCCAGGGACCCUGCUGAGUCCACGGCCCGUCUCAACGGCACCAACGGCUGCCCCCAGCGCCUGGGCAUGACCGCCUCUGAGAUGGUCAUCUGUUUUGACGCGGCACACAAACACUCAGGGAAGAAGCAGACCGUACUUUGCCUGGAUACCACUGCUGGGAAGGUGUUCAAGCUCUGCAAGCCCCCCAACGACCUGCGGGAGGUGGGCAUCCUGGUGUCAUCGGAGAACGACAUCUUCAUCGCCGGGGGCUACCGCCCUAGCAACAGCGAGGUGUCCAUCGACCACCGGGCGGAGAGUGACUUCUGGCAGUACGAGCACGCAGGGAACCGUUGGCUUGUGCGUUCGCCCAUGCUGCGGGCCCGGAUCGGCUGCAGGCUGGUCCACUGCUGCGGGAAGCUGUACGCCCUUGGGGGCCGUGUGUACGAGGGGGACGGGAGGAACGCACUGAAGUCAGUGGAGUGCUACGACGCCAGGGACAACUGCUGGACCGCCGUCAGCCAGAUGCCUGUAGCCAUGGAGUUCCACAGCGCUGUGGAGUACAGAGACCGCAUCUACAUCCUCCAAGGUGAGGCGGAAUAGUGGAGCCACUAUUCAACCUUGAAAAUAGACUGAAGAGAAAUGCAGUGGGAAAAAGAUAAGCGUGGUGUAGGAUAAUCUUAAUACAUAAAAGGUGUUGUUGAAAACUACAUUUUAUUCCUUUUUCAAUGUUUGUCUUAACAGUCAGUGGUGCUUAUUUUCUCUGUUUCCCAGAUGAAUACUUCUUCUGUUUUGACCCUCGUAAGGACUACUGGGGCCACCUGGCCCCCAUGAGUGUCCCCCGGAGCCAGGGCCUGGCUGCCUUACACAAUAAUUGCAUCUACUACAUCGCUGGCAUCUGCAGGAACCACCAGCGCACCUUCACUAUGGAGGUCUACGACAUCGAGCAGAACACCUGGGCCCGCAAGAGGGACCUUCCUUUCGACCAGGCCACCAGCCCCUACAUCAAGGCUCUGCUCCUCCACGGCAAGCUGCACCUGUUUAUCCGAGCCACGCAGGUCAUGGUGGAGGAACACGUGUUCCGUACCAGCAGGAAGAACUCCCUCUACCAGUACGACGACGAGGCGGACACAUGGACCAAAGUCUACGAGACGCCCGACCGCCUCUGGGACCUGGGCCGCCAUUUUGAGUGUGUGGUGGCCAAACUGUACCCACAGUGUCUUCAGAAAGUGCUCUGAGAGGGCCAUAGGGGACGGGUUCCCCCCUCAAGGAAGAGGGAGGGUGUGUGGUCCUGCUUGCCUUGUGCCUGGUACUGUCCUGUGUUUGCACCACAAGGACCGUUGAGUUUAGUCUUAAAGCGUUAAAGGUUCAACACAAUCAAAUGGGGGUGGUUUUAAAAGAUUGCAGUAUUUACGUUUUUUUUUCUCCAGUCGGAACCAAAUACUCACACUGAUACUUGUUUUACAGUAUAGUACAAUGAAUCAUAAGUGCAAUUAUCUUGUUUGCUUAUUUUUGUUGAGCCAUUUUGUUCCAUUUUAUUGUGUGGACCCCAGGAAGAGAAGCUGCGGCUUUCGCAAAGCAGCUGAUGGGGAUCCUAAUAAAAUACCAAUUUUAAAAGCAUAUAUAGGUUAGAGUU